UAAUGUUUGUUAAAAAGUAAAUGUUUAAUCUUAUUUGAUGUCAGUGGGGAAAAAGGAAUGUGGAUUACUGGUCUUUAUUGUCAUUUGCAUGCUGCUUUCCAUACAGAAGAAGAAAAGCAAGUAACUUAAGACAACUGUCACAAAACAUCCACCACACACCAUUCAGAGACACCUUUAAACACGCUUUGCACAGCUACUGUAACAAAAGUUUAAUUCAGAAGUUAAUUUUUAGUAACCUCUAUUAUUGCUGAACAUAGGACUCAGGAAACAUAAGCUUCAUAGCAGCCAUGGAAAAUGUCAUAAAGCUAAUGAUUCUUGCAGGACUUUGUUCUCUUUGUCUCUGUGUGUAUCAGUACCAAUAUGUCUUAUUCCACACUCCAAAAACCUGGACGGAGGCGCAGAGCUACUGCAGGGAAACGUGCAUUGACCUGGCCACCAUGGAAGACAUGAAUGAGAUGGAUAUGGCUCUUCAAAGUGUUGGAGAUGACUACAGUGAUGCCGUAUGGAUUGGGUUGCACAGAGGAAGCGACUCAAACUGGCACUGGUCUAUAGCAGACAAAGAUUUCUACAAUGAUGGAGAAAAAAAUCACCUAAUAUGGAGCUCAUUAGGUGCCGACAACUGUGGUGGUUACGAUUCUGGAAAACUUUUUACAGUCUCUUGUCCUGUUACCAAAUAUUCAGUCUGCUUUGAUAGUUCAGAACAGGGAGCAGCUCAGUACAUCCUCAGUCCACAGCCGAUGACUUGGACCACUGCUCGAGAUUUCUGCAGAAGAAAUUACACAGACCUGGUCAGCUUGAGGAAUGACGCAGAAUACGCAACAGUCCAGAAAGUAGCCAAUGGAAAUUCAGUAUUUGUUGGUCUCUUCAGAGACCCCUGGGUUUGGUCAGACCUGACUGACUCUUCACUAAGGUACUGGAGGCAAUCCCAACCAGUAUAUACAAAAACCAGUGAAUAUUGUGUUGCUUUGCUGAAGAAUGAAUCUGGUAAAUGGGGAGACAGGAAGUGCACAGAAAUGCAGCCUUUCCUCUGCAAAUGCAAAAAAUCUAAUCUGCAGAUUGUGAAACUGGGGAUCAGCCUGCAGGACUCAACUUUAGAUCUGAAUGACCCUACAGUGCAAAACAGCAUCUUGGAGCAAAUGAAGCAAAGGCUGAGUGAAAAUGUGAAUGAUGUCAUCCAUGUUAACUGGAAAAAACACUCAGAUGGAAGAGUUUUCAUCAAGGAAACAGAGAAACACAACCCAUGAGAGGAAUACAGCAGGACUGCUAAGAUUCUGACUUGAAGAUGUAAAAGCCCACCAACCAGGGUGGUAGCAAAAAAAACAACAUUUUGCUGUAGCUGAUAACGCUUUAAUAAUUUUCUUUUUUUCCAGCAAAAAUACCAUAUUUUAGAAACAAUGUGAUGAUUAUCCUAUUUAUUGUUGCUGUUAAAUAUCAGAAGUAAUAAGAAUGUAGAAACUUAUACACAAAAAAUUGUCUCAAUUACUAUUACAACUAAAUGGUUUUAAACACAAUCUUUGUAUUCCUUGCUGUCUAUUUGUGUUUUAGGUGCAUAAAAAGUUAAUUUCAGAUUUUUGUGAAACUCAUCUACCCGAAUUACUAAUAAGUUUCGUUCUUGUUAUCUUCUAUGUUUUUCUAAAGGAUGCAUUAAUAUUUAAGUCGGCUUACCUAGCAUAGCAUUAUGUGAAUUUAUAUUCUACUAUUUGUUUUUUUGCUUGAGAAACCUACAAAAAUAAAAGUUAAUCAAGUAACUUA